GUCCGCGCACAGGUGGCUUGUAGGACACUCUAUCCCUGCUCUCCUCCCUGCAUUUCUCAUUUCAUGUGAUCACGUGAUCUCACCGACUCCAAGGGCUGAUGGGUCAUUUCUGUAUUUCAGACAGAUGCCUGGCCAAGUGUUUUCACAAAUGGCUGCUGCCCCGUACGUUGCCUGAGCUGGGGCUCGCUGCCCUCUGCACAGUGGUUAGCCCUUCCUGGGGGUGGUCUGCAGACAGGCAGCGCCUCAUGGGGCUGGGCCUUCCCCUCUGCUUGCCCAUAUUCUCUGGGAUGCCCGGGGCCUGGAGCUAGGGCUCCUAUUCUGACAAGUCACAGGAUCCCAGAACCUGAGAGGAGACAGGGAAGGAGGUCCAGGGUAGCCUGCCCAGUGCUGCUCAUGUGACAUCAAGUCUAAGCCAGGUCUGGCUCUUCAGGGACCCCCCCGAUGCAUUUUCUAGGGCCACGGGGGGGUCCUCCAGGCUUCUCCUCCCAACUCUGACCCAUGGAUCCCCCUGGAAAGUGUGAUGGGGAGCCCCCGUGGGUCCGGUGGUCAGCCCGGGCCCUACAGACUGCACAGUCAGAGGCGAGGCCGAGCCCAGGACCUGCAAGAGCCAGACCAGCUGACAAGGACGUUUGGAAGCCCAGGCCGGACUGGGCAUAAAUAGCCCGGGUCAGCACAGCUCAGGGAUAAAAUUAGCUGCAGCCUCAGCCCUCCCAGCUCCGCUGCUCGCUUGGGGUGCUCCUUAGGGGUAAGGGCAGCAUGGAAGGCGCCGUUUCCACAGCCAGGGCCUCCACCAAAAUCACCAAGAAAACCUUUCUUGAGGCUCUGAGAGCGAAUGACUUUGGGAAGCUGAAGGCGCUUUUAGUGCAAAGGAAAGUCGAUGUGGACACAGUGUUUGAAGUGGAAGAUGAGAACAUGGUCUUGGCAUCUUAUAAGCAAGGCUACUGGCUGCCCAACUACAAGCUGAAGUCAUCCUGGGCCACUGGGCUGCAUUUAUCCGUUCUCUUUGGUCACACUGAGAGCCUCCUGGUGCUGCUGGACCAUCACGCCACCAUCAACUGUCGCCCCAAUGGGAAGACCCCCCUCCACGUGGCUUGUGAGGUGGCCGACGUCGAGUGCGUCAAGAUCCUGUGCGACCAUGGGGCAAAGCUCAACGCCUACUCCUUGAGCGGGCACACAGCCUUACACCUGUGCACCACGGAGAGCGCCAUAGCUUGCGCCAAGCAGCUGGUGUGGAGAGGCGCUAACGUGAACAUGAAGACCAACAACGCCGACGAGGAGACGCCGCUGCACGUGGCCGUGCGCAGUGGUCUGCCCGAGCUGGCCGCCUUCUAUGUGGAGCAUGGCGCCCUGGUGGACAGCGUCAACGCCCACCUGGAGACCCCGCUGGCCCUGGCCGCCUACUGGGCGCUGCGGUUCCGGGAGCAGGAGUACAGCCCCCAGCACCACCGUGCCUGCCGCCUGCUGCUGGCGGCCAAGGCCCAGGUCAACGCCCGCGACGAGGACUUCAAGGCACCGCUGCACAAGGCGGCCUGGAACUGCGACGAGAGCGCCAUGCGGCUGCUGCUGGAGGCCGGGGCCGAGGCCAACCUGCUGGACGUCAACGGCUGUGCCGCCAUCCAGUACGUGCUCAAGGUGACCCCGGUGCGCCCCGCGGCCCGUCCCGAUCGCUGCUACCAGCUGCUGCUCAACCACGGGGCCGCGCGCAUCUACCCGCCCCAGUUCCACAAGGUGUUGGAGUCCUGCCACGCCUGCCCGCUGGCGGUCGAGGUGGUCGUCAAUGCUUACGAGCAUAUCGCAUGGACCCCUAAGUGGAAGAAGGCGGUUCCAGAGGACAGCCUGGAGAGGCACUGGGACUUCUACCACUCUCUCUUCACCGUCUGCAGCAACACCCCCAGGUCCCUCCUGCACCUGGCCAGAUGUGCGGUGCGCAGGGCCCUGCUCGGCGGCUGCCACAGGGCCGUCCCCCUCCUGCCCCUGCCGGGCCACCUCAAGAGCUACCUGCUUCUGGAGCCCGAGGGCGUCGUGUACUGAGCCGCACGUGGCUGCAGGGCCCCGGUGGGCAGGCGGCCCUGCCCCCACUGUUCCGCCCCUCUGGGGAGAGGAGGGGGCCAGGGGUGAGGUGGGGCGAGGAGAGGGGAGAGGUGGGGGCCACAUUUUGGCUCCCAACGAGAGCUGUCCCAAAUGGAAGGGGCUGCCCCGGGAGGUAGGAGCUCCCGUCUUGGGAGGAUCUACAAGACUCAUCGUGGUGAGGAGACCUGGACUGAGCCGCCCCCCCCCGCCCCUCCCCCCAGUCGCCUCCGGGUCUGGUGGCGACUUUCUAAAUAAAUGCCGGUGCUGAU